AUGAAAAAGAACGAACGAGCCAGGCAACCACAGAUCCGAUACGAUCCCGGAGCACAACAGAAGCACCUCAGGCGACAUCUUGAAUCUCUCGAACGAGAUAAUCAUCAGUCGCUUAAUGAUGUUGAAGGGUUGAUUAGUAUAGCUCUUGAUGCACAAGAAGAAGAAGGCAUCUCUUUACGAAAAACAAGGCACAAAAGUGGAAGAGCAAGUAUAUACUCUUCAAAAACAAAUCUGAAUGUGCUUUUGGAAGAUGCCCAUCUUGAGGACUUGUCUCCAGACGUGGCAUCCUAUAUUACAUGUAACGCAGAGCCAUCGCGAUAUCCCCCUCGUCAUUUUUGCUCAGUGUGUGGAUUUCCUAGUAACUAUAAAUGUACACGCUGUGGAAUGAAAUAUUGCUCAGUAAAAUGUUUGGGGAUACAUAAUGAAACAAGAUGCCUCAAAUGGACAGCCUAG